AUGCAUUAUCAGCAUGUUGUUGUCUCGGGGACGCCGUGGGAGCGAGGCUUUUCUCACGGCUCGCAAGCCCGUGAUAAAAUCCAAACCAACGUCAAUCGUUACAAAGUCUCGUCCUCCCUACCUCCCCGAGAAGACUGCGUGAAAUACAUCAACGAAUCAUACAUUCCGGCGAUCGAGGCACUGUUUCCCGAUGGUCUGGAAGAGAUGAAAGGAAUCGCGUCCGGGGCGAUGGUGGAGCUCCAAGACGUGUUACUGCUCAAUGCACGAUAUGACUUGGCUAGACUUACAGGCCACAAGGUCGGCGAGUGUACAAGCAUGGCCUACUUGGGCCCAGACGACUCUGCAAUUGUAGCGCAAAACUGGGACAUGUCAGCCUGGCUCCACGACCUAGACACCAUCAUCGUGCUUGAGAGCCAUAUAGACCCGACGGAUGAGCCUGCUCAUACUGAUACACCAUCCGGGCCGAGGCGAAUCAUAGCUCUGACAGAAGCCGGUCAACUGGCGCGAUCAGGCAUGAAUUCUCGUGGCCUUGGACUGUGUGCCAACUCCCUGUGGACCAAUGAAGAUGGAAUUCCAUCACGUCCAAGCCUGCCGCAUUCACUUGCGCGUGCAAUGUAUCUGCACUGUCCCAACUUUGCAGCUGGGCUGAAGACUGUUUCGACCUUCCCACGACAUGUGUCUGGAAACCUGAUGCUGGCAUCCUUAGACCUGGCCAUGGAUAUUGAACUGACCCCCUCGCGCAAAUACAUACUGCAUCCAGACGCAGUCGACCUGGGCCUGGAUGGCCCUGAGACCUUUCUGAUUACUCACGCCAACCACUACAAUCACCCUGCCAUGACCCAUGCACAUGCUUCACGGCCAAUUGACACGUAUCCCGGAGGCUCGUCGCUAUUCCGUGAUAAGAGGCUGGCACAGUUACUGAAGACCGGGUUGCGUCAUUCAAUGGCUUCAUCCCGGAUCCGAGAACAAAAGAUACAGAUUGCUACGGCAAAGGGCCUUUCACCACCAGUCACUCCGCCCAUUGAGGAACAUAACACCGAGGUGGUCGAGCAACUCAAGCUGUCACGUCCGGAACAGCCAGAAAUGAAUUUCAAGACUUCCUCUUUCCCACAACAGAUUAGCCAACAUGUCCUGACGGUCGAUGAUCUCAAGACGGCAUUCUCCGACCACGCUUCAUAUCCCCGCAGUCUGUGCGAACAUGCUGACAAGGGCGUCGAGCGAUAUGGAGCAGCGUCUAGUGGCGACAAGACCAUGACUGUUGCUUGCGUCAUCUACGACUUGAGGAAAGGUGAAAUGCACAUCUCUACAGGGAACCCUUGCCAGGGAGAACGUGCUUGGAGGAAAUAUGCCAUCGAGAUGGAAGCCACUACGACAUUUGGCCUUUGA